AUGCUGGCACGAGCAUUGGUAUCGAGAGCUCUUUUAUUAAGAACUGCAAAAACUGUAGCUGAUCAUGCUAAACAAGUCAAGAGAAAUUCUGGACAUGGUGUGUGGACAUAUAGAGUGCCUCCUCCUAUGCCGUCAAAGAGAGCUCUGUAUUUAGCUCAAGUUCUUGGAGGACUGUGUUGGUAUUGGAUUCUGUACCAUAUUGCAACAGAACCGGAACAUAUCUAUGGUGAAUGGCCGUAUAUUGCUCCUUGCACAUGGACUGAUGAAGAAUUGGGAAUUCCCCCUGACUCAGAGGGUUCACUCAAAAAG